AUGAACUGUAUGGCGUGCUGUAAGUCUGUAGUUGAGAGUGAUGCACUUAUAUGCUCGCAGUGUGGUCAUAAAUACCACUAUCAAUGCCUUAACAUUUCCACUGCUACUUAUCAACGUAACUCCGCCGCAUACAAAAAAUCGUGGCACUGCGAUCCGUGCCUUAACAUCACAACCCGUAAGGCAAGAGGCAGGGGUGACAACACGCCUGUUCGUAAUGUGUCUGAGCCGCUUAACGUGGAGAAGAAUGGUGAUAAGAAGGUCAGCCAUCAACAAUCUUUGAAAAAGGACAUACCGGCUUCGGAUAGUCAAAAAAGGCCUAGUAACCCACAGUCUGGCACAAUAACCCUACAAGAAUUUAGUGAUCUUUUUGACACAAAAAUUGAACAGCUACGCGCCUCUCUCCUAUCGCAAAUAAACGCUACUAUUUCCUCCGAAAUAAAAGCCGCCAUGGAUGAAAUAAAAAAAGACUUCACGGCCACUACGGACUUUCUCUCAGAGGAACAGAGAGAUUGUAAAGCUGAAAUAAGUGAAGCUACUAAAUCAAUAAAUGAACUGGAGUCACUGAACUGUCAACUCCAAGCCGAUAUUAAAAGUCUAGAACGGCGCCUGAAUGCGGCUGAGAAGCACUCCCGUAGCCUCAACUUAGAGGUGCAUGCCGUACCCGAGCGCCGUAACGAGAAUGUGGUACUUAUCUUCAAAAAACUAUGCGAGAUAAUAGGUUAUCCUAUCGUAGACUCUGAUAUCCGCUCCUGCCGUAGGGUUGCAAAAAUGAAUACCAACUCAGACAGACCGCGCUCUAUAUUGGUGACAUUGCCGUCUGAGCGUUGCCGUGAUGAUAUUAUCUCUGCAGUACGCAAGUUCAACAGAAAUAAUCCUAAGGAACAUAUUAGCUCAACCCAUGUAGAAGUACCCGGGGAAAAGCAAUUAAUUUAUGUCGGUGAGCACCUUCCUCCCAGCGCAAAGGAACUUCAUAGCGUAGCACGAAGGUUUGCUAAAGAUAACCACUACAAGUUUGUCUGGGUCAAGUUCGGGAAGAUUUAUCUGAGGAAAGAUGAAAAGUCACCGCCUCUACUUAUUAAGGAUAAAUGUAACUUACCUAAACUUAGUUGA